UCAAGAAAACAGUCGGACCAGAGACGUGAAUACAGUUUUUCAACUGGCAGACGAGUUUUUUUAUUUAAAAGAAAAAAAAAACAACUGAGUGGUAUGAUAAGUAGUAAAAAGUAUAUCCUUUAGGACUUUUUUUCUCAGAUGCAGCAAUCUCCCGUUCUGUGGUGUUCCAUGGUCAACAUAAAUCUUGUCUGAAUAUCCCGUGACUGAAGUCUUCGAGCAAUUGUCAAGGUCAGUUCUAAGGCUAGGGCUAACACCUGGCCCCAGUACAAACAGCAAAUUCCCCUUCACACCCCGGCUGGCAUCUUAGUCAUCUACUGGAAGCUGCAUAGAUGGGAGGCUGGAGAACGUGUUUCUCCGUAUGCAUGUCCCAGACAUGAAUGUCUCCUCCCAGGGGCUUGAGAUGCUGAUGUUUCUCCAGAUGACUGGGUUUCAGCCAAACUCUAGCUGCAAAAUGGAGGCCGCUCCCUGCAACGGCAGCGUGGAGAGCGACCUGCUGCAGCUGCCCACGUUCUCCAUGGCCGCUAAGGUGCGCGUGAUCCUCACUUUUAUACUCUGCACCAUCUCUGCCGUGUGCAACCUGGCCGUGCUCUGGGCCGCCAGCGCUGACAAGCGCAAGUCGCACGUGCGGACGCUGGUCAUGCACCUGAGCGCCGCCGACCUGCUGGUAACGUUCAUCGUGAUGCCGCUGGACGCCGUGUGGAACAUCACCGUCCAGUGGCUGGCUGGGGAUGCCGCCUGCCGCCUCCUCAUGUUCCUCAAGCUGCUGGCCAUGUACUCCAGCGCCUUUGUCACCGUCGUCAUCAGCCUGGACCGCCAGGCCGCUAUCCUCAACCCCCUGGCCAUCAGCGAGGCCCGCAGAAAAUGCAAGGUCAUGCUGGGUAUCGCCUGGCUGAUGAGCGCCUUCCUCUCCAUCCCACAGAUCUUCAUCUUCCACAACGUGACCAUUACGGUUCCGCAGACGUUCACACAGUGCACCACGCGGGGCAGCUUCCAGAGGCACUGGCAAGAAACCCUUUACAACAUGUUCACCUUCACCUGUCUCUUCCUCCUGCCCCUGGUCAUCAUGAUCUUCUGCUACACCAGGAUCCUUGUGGAAAUCUCCAAGGGAAUGAGGAAGGGCAACGUGUCUUCUGCGGAGGUCCAUCUUCGCCGCUCGAAGAACAACAUACCAAAAGCACGAAUGAAGACUCUAAAAAUGAGCAUCGUCAUAGUGUUGACCUUCAUCAUCUGCUGGACCCCCUACUACCUGCUGGGUCUGUGGUACUGGUUCUCCCCCAAUGACCUGGAGGAGACCGUCUCACACUCGAUGAGCCACAUGCUCUUCAUCUUCGGCCUCUUCAACGCCUGUCUAGAUCCGAUCAUCUAUGGACUCUUCACCAUUCACUUCCGCAAGGGCCUCAAGCGAUGUUGUCGCGGCGCGGCCGGUAUGGCUGGCUCGGAGGUGCCCUCGCCCGUAACGGGCUCCGUCAGGCGCUCACCCUCCCUCCCCAUGAAGAGACGACCCCCCGGAGGCCUCUCCCAGGUGGGGGACAGCCGGAAGCGAAACGAGAAGGCCUGCCACCAGGGGGCGUGUGGCGGAACGCAGGAGCCUGGUACGGCGCGAUGAUGACGCAGAGCUGGGCUACCUUAAGAAUGGAUGAUAAAGAGUAUGGAAACCAGUUCCAGCCUGGACCUCAGUCCGGGGCUGGUGACAGUCAGGGCGGAAUGGGACGUAAAUCAAGUAUUCGGUGACUGGAUCCUUUUUACUGUAUUCCAGUGCCCUUACUCAGCCUCUACCGAUUUAUUACAAAUGUAUAUGAUGAAAACCCAAAAGAUUCUGAGAAAUGUUGUUAUGCUGACCGUCAAGGUUAAACGUGGGCUGGUCUGUCUGGGAUAAAGGGAGACGAAAAAGAUGUUUACGUCAUCCAUGAAAUGGCUGCGGGUGAACGAAGGAUUUGUCACCUUAUUGUGGGCCUCCGUGGGCCAUCCUUGCCUUCCCCCCUCUUAAAGAUAAAAAGACACAAACAUUAUGUAUUAGAUAUGAAGUAACCCAACAAAAUGGGAUUUGGGUGCUAUUCUGUUGAGUACAGUCUUGUGUUUUAGCACCUGAAUGUGUCCUCUGCGCGUCACUGAGCGUAGUACUUGCACAAACUGGCGAGAUGACGUUAGUCUCAGGGAAAUUACUCUGCAUGCCGCCAUAUUCUCUGCAGAGCAGUGCUGCAGCUGGAGACUGAAACUGUAAAGUGUGACAUUCUGUCGUGUCUCCCGGUACCAUCCUCCUUCCGUCGGCCCGGUACAGCAGCUCUUCCUUUCUCUGGUUCCAGGUCCACCCCACAUGGCGGAACAUCCUAUGGUGUGAAGGCACUUUGAUUCUGAAGACUUGGCAGGUUGGCAGUAAUAAUGAGGUCAAGCUUAUGUGAAAAGUAGCAGAGUGUGAUGAUUAAGUCGGGUGGGGGUGAGGAGGAGGGGGGGGGGGGGCAUAUUGAGCCCCUUCAACAGAACCACUCGAAACGGGCUGGACUGAUGUAGCACCCAGCACAUUAUCAUGAUGAGCCAGCCUUGCUUUACUUGGACUUAGAACACGUUCCAUCGGCUGUCAUGCCAGCAAUCACUAGGAUGACUGAUACAGAUCAGCAGUAGGUAUGAGCUUGACAAGGACUUUCCUGGAAGCCUAAUUUACAUCAUCCACUGAAGGGAUGGCUACCAGGCGCUGUGAGGAUAGUCCAGAUGCCAUUGUAAUUGUCAGCACUCGAUAUUAGUGUUGUGUUAAAUGUUUAGGUUCUCCUACACCCAAUGCACAAGUGAAAUGAAGAACAUUUACAGAUUUUUACUUACUGCAUCCUAUAAUAAGUUAUUCAGUUUUAUUUUGCAUGUGCUGGUGUUUCAAGUAACAGUGUAUAAUAAAAACAAUGUGAAAUAUACAUAGUAUCAUUUUAAGUGACUGAACAUUAUUAUUGUGUAAUAAAUGACAUGAAAAUUCA